AUGGCAUCAGUACAAACGCGAGUCAACGGCAAUGGCACCGCAGUGCGGCCUGCACAGGCAGAGAAGGAGGGCGCAAAAGAGAACAUCUUCCUCUUCAUCCCAAAUCUGAUUGGAUACUCGCGCGUCUUCCUCGCCUUGAUUUCACUCUACUACAUGCCCCUCCACCCGCGCACAUGCACCCUCCUCUACAGCAUAUCCUGCCUGCUCGACGCGCUCGAUGGAUACGCGGCCCGAGCAUAUGAGCAGAGCACCAAGUUUGGUGCCGUGCUAGACAUGGUGACGGACAGGUGUACAACAACCUGCUUGCUCGUCUUCUUGGCGCAGGCUUUCCCUCGCUUCAGCAUCGUCUUCCAGGGCCUUAUUUCGCUGGAUCUGGCCAGUCACUACAUGCACAUGUACGCGACCCUGAGCAUGGGUGGCAGCGACCAGAGCCACAAGAACGUGGACGAGAGCAAGGGUUGGUUGAUGAAGCAAUAUUACUCCAACAACAAAGUUCUCUUCACCCUCUGCUUCAUGAACGAAAUGUUCUUCAUCGCCCUCUACCUCCUCUCUUUCAGCUCCCCGCUCCUCUCGCCCACCCUGUUCUCCGACCUCAACAACCCAUCCUCCAUCCAGCCCGGUUCGCCUGCCGCUCCUAAACCCUCCAUGUUCUUCGCCAGUCCUUUCUCCGCCGCAGCCAUGGAGAUGGCUCGUGCUAACAAGAUGGACUCGACGGUCCCGUGGAUCUGCAUGCUUACCUCGGCUCCCUUUAUGGCUAUCAAGCAAUGGAUCAAUGUGGUACAGAUGGUCAAGGCGAGUCAGUGGCUUGCUGAGGGUGACAGGAAGGCGCGGAGGAAGGCGGGUUUGCCUAGGAGGGGUUCCAAGAAGAGUCAAUAG